AUGUUUGUUGAGCUCGGCGGGAGUUCGAUAGGCAUCGCGAACGCAGUCUCCGUGUUGGCCGACACGGAGGGGCUGGAUCUCAAAGAAGCCAAGGAGAAGGUCGCACAAUUGGGCCAGGAGCAUGAGAACGCCGUUUUGCGGCUAAAAGACGAGCGAUGGGAGAAGAUGGACCAUAAACUCCGUGUCUGUCUUGAUGGAAUCGUGGACAUGGUGGUGGGGAACUUGGUCUGGAGCGCCUCAUCCGACCACUAUUCGUCCCAUCGCAAAGAGAAAGAGCACAUGGAGCUCCCAGUACGUUCAAAAAAUUACGAGAGGAAAGAGUCCACCGUCCAGGUGUCUCUGGUGAGCCUGCCAACCCCUCCACACGACUCGGACCAUGAAGACGACUCGAGUGACUCCACAGGAUUGAUCGGAGAGCCAGUCGAGAGUUUGGAAGCUGGCAUGAAGAAGUUACUGGAACAGGACCAUUCCAUGUUGGGUGACGAACUCGUCUUGGCACCAAUCAAAUACCUGGAAUCCCUCCCCUCAAAGGGCUUCCGUGAAGCCAUUGUCGACGGCAUGGACGGCUGGCUCCACCUCCCGACCCGAUCCAUUUCCACCAUCAAAGACGUCGUCAAACACGUGCACAUGGCUUCGCUUUUGUGCGACGACUUGGAGGACUCGUCCCCCUUGCGAAGAGGGCAGCCUUCAGCGCACACCAUCUUUGGGGCACCACAGACCGUCAACUCUACCAGCUACCUCCGGACGCUGGCCCUGGACCGCCUGUCGGAAUUGCAAAAUCCCCAUUGA